AUGGCCUACGUUAACUGGGCUGGUUUCUACGUCCUCGAUCGCAAGACUUCCUCCACAUCUUCAUCAAAAGCUCAACUCAUUCUCGGUCCCUUUCAGGGUAAGGUAGCAUGUCAAACGAUACUCUACGGACGAGGCGUCUGCGGAACGGCUGCUUUGUUGAAAGAAACGCAACUAGUACCAGAUGUUGAGAAGUUUCCUGGCCAUAUCGCCUGUGACGGCGAUUCAAAAAGUGAGAUCGUUGUGCCGAUUCUGAAAGGUGGAAGUCAAGGAGAGGUAGUGGCUAUCAUUGAUAUUGACUGUGCCGAGCUCAAUGGUUUCGACGAGGUUGACCAGAUCUGGCUGGAAAAACUGGCGGUAUUGCUUGGAGAGGCUUGUGAUUGGUAG